AUGUUUCUGGGCCUCGCGCAGCGAUCACAAGAGCAGCGCGGCAGCCAUCCGAGAAAGGUCCAUUUCGUCCCGGGAUUCUUCGAGGCGUUCCCCUUCAGGGCUCCGGCCAGAGCGUGCAAGCCACAAACAUGCGUGGGAGUUCCUCCCUCCCUCGAGCCCAAAGCAGGCCGAACGUCCACCACUUGCGUGGCGAGUCGGAUGGUCAACAGCUCCCGAAAUCAUGAGGUUGAAGACAUCCCUCUUGACGCACCGAAAAGCACCUCUGCCCGUUGUGAGGAAGGCCAGAUGUUGAAUCGACACGGCUUUUGA